ACGGUCAGUCGGAGUGUGAUGACCAGUCAGUCGGCGCGCCAGUUGCCAGGCGUGUGACAGAGAAGGGAGAGCGCGCGUCACCGCGUCAGUGCCUGCCGCGGUACCCGGCAUUUAUCGCGGCGCAUUCUCGUAUACCGCGCGUCCCUAGCUCCCGUCGCCCGCACAUGUAUUCCGCGAGUGUGCCUCAGUGAAAUCUCUUGUGAUCUCCGGAUGUUUUGCGUGCCAACCAUGGGAGGCCGGCUAGUGUUGUUGUUAGUGAUGUGUACGGGCCUCGUGGUCGCCGACAGGAAACUGACCGUUGUCGAGAAAAUGCGAGGAGACGCGGACCUCUCGCAGUUCCUGUCGCUGCUGGAGCGUAACGUGGUAGCGAACACGACUCUCCACUACCGACAGAUGACGCUGUUCGCGCCGACCAACGAGGCCUUCCAGAGGUUCAACGUCGAGCUGGAUGACUCGCUCGUACUCUACCAUAUAGCAAACUUGGCGACGACACUCUCGAAUAUGGACUACGCUAUAUCCACGGACCUGGACGGCAACCCACCGCUGUGGGUGACGACCCGACGCGGUGCGAUGCAUGAUGACAUCUAUGUCAACAACGCGAAGGUGUACGUCAGCAGAUCCUACCAGGCCGUCAAUAGGAACAAUAAACUACAAGUGCUUCACGUAAUAGACCAGGUGUUGCUGCCGCUACAGCCCCACGGACCGAGCUCCAUCAGCUCCCCAGUAUACAACCCCAAUGCUUACCAUUUCUUGGAGCAUUCUGACCUCUUCAACAUCGGCCAGCAUAGACUCAGAUCCUUCCGGCAAAAAGUGAACCAGCUUAAAAAGAGCAAAGUGUUUGACGCUGACGGCAGGCACACCUUCUUUAUCCCUGUCGAUGAAGGAUUUAAGCCGACGACUAGAUCGGAUCUUAUCGAUGAGAAGGUAGUGGACGGGCACGUUAUACCGCACCAUGUGUUGUUCACGCACGCCACGCCGGACACCACGGAGUUCGAGACCUUGGCCUUCGGUGACAAUGUUAAAGUCAUUAUCUCCUUCAGCACGGUCAUGAAUGGGAAAGAUGAAAUAACCUACGUAAAAUCAAACACUGUUGCUGGAGACGCGAAGCACGCCCGCGGGGUCGUCCUCGCCGACAUCGUGCGCGCGAACAUCCCCGUCAAGAACGGAGUAGUACAUCUCAUCCAGCGACCUCUCAUGGUCGUAGACACCACCGUCAUCGACUUCCUCAAGGAAAAAGAAGACGGACCUCUUUGCAAAUUCUAUGAAGUAAUCAUGGACUUGGGCGCAAACAACCAGUUCCUCAACGAACUUACUUUGGCGAAGGACAUCACCCUGUUUGCUCCCUCAAAUGAAGCGUGGGCCGACUUCAGCGUGCAGAAUAUAAUUAGGAACCACCAGAAACUUAAGGAAAUCCUAAACCUUCACCUGGUCCGGGAGAGGUUGCCACUGGACGCGAUAAUACACAACAACAUGAAUCAGAUUUAUCAAGCGCCAACAGCUUUGGCUCGCAAGUACCUGUACUUCAAUGUGCUGACGCGUGGUCAGAACCAAACCCUGACGGUCGAAGGUGGUGGAGUGAACGCGACUGUCACGCUGCCCAACAUAGCGGCGACUAACGGCUUCGUGCAUAUCAUCGACAGAGUACUUGGCGUUCCUUACACAACCGUCUUCGAGAAAUUGAAAACUGAUCCAAUGCUGAACAUAACUUAUAAUCUCGGCAAACGACAAAUGUUCAACCAGCAGCUCAAUGACAUGGAACACCGUUACACAUACUUCGUGCCCCGCGACCACGCUUGGCUGAAAUUCCAAAUCAAGCAUCCUUCAGCUUUCAAAUCCCUGUUCAGGGAAGACUUUGGUUACUUCACGAAGCAAAUUUUAGAGCGACACGUUAUCCGAGCAGGCCGCGCGUACACAGUAUCUGAUUUAAAACUUCUCGCAAACGAAACACAUCCCUUCGUUCUGCCAACUUCACGCGAUCCACUCCGGCUGCGUGUCAAGGAAUCAGAUAAGAACUACUACGUCGAGUGGAACGGCCACUGGAUCCAUGUGUUUAGGCCUGAUGUUGAGUGUACCAACGGCAUUAUCCACGUCAUUGACGAGCCUUUUGUGUUGGAGAGUGACAUCCGCGCCACCGGAGGAGCCCAGAAAAUGGGCGUGGCCUAUACGUACUUCAUACUCUUCAUGUCCUUCUGUUUUGUAAGGGUUUUGGAGAAUUAAACGUCCAUUGUUUUAUGUUGAGUCAAUUA